UACCCAAUUCAAAACCCGCUCCCGCAUCAAUUUUUCUACUUUAAUUUCAGUGGAAGCUCCUGAGGUAGGAGUACGCCGGCCCGCCAUUAGAGAACCGCACCCCUUUCUCAUCUGAUCUCUUUCCGUUUGUCUCAUAGAUACUACAAUGUUUACCAAUGAAAAAAGGCAAAAGGAACGCACUGGAAGAUACGGUACUCCAAGGCUACAAUACCUUCAGGAAUUGGUUACUCAAUUUCAGAACGCUACGAAUGAAGAAACAAAAGAAAGAGCGGUUGCUAAUUUGGCCAACUUUGCUUAUGAUCCUUACAAUUAUUCUUUCCUGCGCCAGCUCAAUGUUUUAGAACUCUUUCUGGACUGCAUAACAGAACCAAACGAGAAGCUUGUGGAAUUUGGAAUAGGAGGGGUAUGCAAUUCUUGUUCUGAACCAGAAAAUGCUGCAAUAAUUACUCAAUGUGGGGGAGUCCCUCUUGCAAUUCAAUGUUUAUCAAGCCCUGUCAAAAACACUGUGAAUUCCGCACUUGGAGCUCUUUAUUAUCUCUGCAACAAAUCUAACAGGGACGAGAUUAUAAAACCAGAAGUGGUAGAUCUCAUCAAUAGAUAUGCUGCAGCUGAAGCCACGAGUGUCAGCUUCAGUAACUUGGCCAGGGCUUUUUUGGACAAACAUGUAUUCGAAAGCAAUUGACAGAUGGGGCCAAGUUUCUUCUUGUAAUCCUAUUGAAAACAACACGAAAUUAUUUAGAACAUCAGAUUCCUUCUCUUAGUCCUGUACAUUCUACUAAUCCACUUUUCUGCUUUUCCAUUUGCACUGAUGGAAGCGUAUAAUAAAUAAAUUACAACUUCUUUA